ACAGCCCUCCAGUGUGCAACAAUGUUGCUGGAAGGGCCUCCUCCGUGGGUUGGCGGCCAGCUGGAAGAGCCUGGGGCCACCUGUCUGGUCAGGGUCUCUCUGCUGUGGGUCUCUAGGAGCCAGGGCUGGCUUUGUGGUCUGACUAAAGUGACAAUGAAAUUAAUAGAAUCCCGAUGCUGUGACUGAGGUUAUUUCCCUGUGUCUCCAAACAGAAAUGAGAGAGGAAAUGUCAUUAGGACGCCAGGAGGCUUUUGAAAUCUUCAAGAGGGACCACGCUGACAGCGUUACCAUCGAUGACAACAAACAGAUUCUGAAACAGAGAUUUUCUGAAGCCAAGGCCCUGGGAGAAAGUAUAAAUGAAGCAAGAAGUAAAAUUGGUCACCUGAAGGAAGAAAUCACCCAGCGGCAUAUACAGCAAGUGGCCAUAGGAAUCUCAGAAAACAUGGCUGUGCCCUCAGUGCCAGACCUGCAAGAAGAGAAACUACGAUCACAACUGGAGGACGAAAAGAGAAGGUAUAAAACAAUGUUCACUCGCCUGAAAGCCCUGAAGGUGGAGAUUGAGCACCUGCAGCUGCUCAUGGACAAAGCCAAGGUGAAGCUGCAGAAAGAGUUUGAAGCCUGGUGGACAGAGGAGGCGGCUCACCUUCAGGUGAAUUCUCCAGCAGUGAAUUCACUUGAUAUCAUGAAGCCAUUUACUCAGACAUCUGAAUCCCAACAUGAACGGCCCCAGCUUCUCUGUAACAAAAGUGACGUGAAUGCCAGGAGAAUCCUGCCCUCGCCCUGCCCCAGCCAACACAGUCAGGAAUGGAGCAGCACCAGCAUGCCCCUGGAAGACAGGAUCCCCGAGAGGCCAACGUCUUCCGUCCCUCUCACCGGAGAUAGCCAGACAGACUCCGACAUCCUGGCCUUUAUCAGGGCCAGACAGAGCAUUUUGCAGAAGAAAUGUUUAGGGAACAACUGAAUUUCCAGUAAGGGUCCAGCCCUGCAUCAUGUCAGCAAGAAUGAAGUACAGAUAAAGGCAGCAUCUCUCAAUUGUUCCAGCCUCAGAAGUGGUCUGUGGGCUGCUGUGAGCAGCUAGUGACUUUGACUCCAAUGGCAGGGGGCCGUGUUUCUUUAAGAAUGGUGUCCCGGAGGCCACCAGAGAGGCCGAUGGGGACAUUUUUCCUAUGGUUGCUGGGGCUGCUGGCAGGGCUGGGCAAUGCCAGGUGCUGGGGCCAGGAUGAAGGCUUUAGCUCACUACUGUAGUGAUGUUUCACAUAGAUCAUUAUAGACUUUUGAGAUCAAGAAGCAGCACCCUCAUAAUGUAGAGUCAGGGGAGGC